AUGGCCGAAGCAGCGCCCACGCCUCGUCGACCCGACGAACCCGAGCUCACCACCAAUUACCUCCAUGGCCUUGUCGUUGCUUUCCGCGUUGUCCAGUGUGAAGUACCCAAUCUUAUCCUGGAUGCCAUAGGCGUCAAGGACGUCCAGUAUUUCGGCCGCAAUGUUGUGUCCGAAAUGGCGAGUUCUCAAUUCCGGUACACCAAGCGCCAGCUUGCGUGGCUGGCUAUUCUCAUCCCGAAAGAAAGAAGCAAUCCCGUACAAGCUGUGCCUAUUGCCUGACUUCCAUCCGUCAAAGGAGACGUGAAUCAGGCCGCUUGACUGCUUCAGCGCUGCGAUGACCUUAUCCUUGUGCAUUUCGUAGGCCGAGAG